GAGGGAGAGGCACGGCUCUUGGUGGUGUCGACGACAGACACCAUCGAGGGGCGAGACGCGCGAGCGGAUAUGGACGAAUUAUAGCUACAUUAUAACGACAUGCCAUCGCCAGCCGCCGAUGCGAUCACCGUGUCCGGAGCUCGUAAAGAGCAGCGCGUGAUCCGGUGAAGAGGCCGCCGCUGCUGCUGCUGGUGGUGGUGCUGGUGGUGGCGGUAGUGGUUGGGGUGCUGGGGUGGGGGGUCGAUCAUGGGGAACGAGGCGAGCGCGGAAGGGGCCGAAGGGGGGCUGGCUGGACUACCAGCGGGGCUCGCGCCUGACGGCAAGGGGGGCUUCGUGGAGGCGGAUUUGAGCCAUCUGAGCGAGGAGGAGAGGAAGCAGCUCGUGGCCGCGAUGGCCAAGGCGCAGUCCAGGUCAACAGAACCGCAGCAAUCUGGACCACGAGGCCCAGCAGGUCUCAGUAAGAGUCGGACUGUAGAUGCCUUUGGAGAAGGACCACCACCCAAGCCAAAGCCUGGCCGCAGCCCUUCGUCCCUCAGCCUCCUCGAGUCCCGGUUCCGGCAGGAGCCCAAAGACCCCGAGCAGCCCCGCACCGGCAUGUUCUCCUCCUCCUUCUUGAGUGGGGCCAACCCCCUGAGUGCUGUCUCUUCAGCAGUGUCCUCCGCCAACAUCCCCAAGUUUGGCUUGUUUGGGGAUGAUGAGGAGGAAGAGGCAGCCAAGCAGGGAGCUAAACCUCCUGGCCCCCAGGCUGGUCCAGGAAAGGGUCCCCCUCAGCAGGGCCCACCUAAAGGGCAAGGAGCACCCCAGCAAAAGCAGGGAGCUCCACCACAGGGGCCUGGAGGAAAGCCUGCUGGUCCUGGACCAGGGCCUCAACAGCAAGGACCUAAGCCAGGUGGCCCUGGGCCUCAACAGCAAGGACCUAAGCCAGGUGGCCCUGGGCCUCAACAGCAAGGACCCAAACCUGGUGGACCUGGGCCUCAACAGCAAGGACCCAAACCUGGUGGCCCUGGGCCUCAACAGCAAGGACCCAAACCUGGUGGCCCUGGGCCUCAACAGCAAGGACCCAAACCUGGUGGCCCUGGACCUCAACAGCAAGGGCCUGGUAAGCCAGGUCCAGGAGGCCCAGGCAAACCUGGUCCUCAGCAGCAGGGUCCACCUGCAGGCCCAGGUAAAGCUGGGCCACCUCCAGGGAAGGCUGGUGGAGCGCUGUGUCCCCUCUGCAAAACCACAGAGCUGAACUUGCAGGCCAAAGACCAGCCGCCAAACUAUAGCACCUGCACACAGUGCAAACAGCAGGUGUGCAGUCUGUGUGGCUUCAGCCCUCCUGACUCAGCGGGUAAGGAGUGGCUAUGCCUGAACUGCCAGAUGCAACGGGCAAUGGGGAGCAUGGAACCACCUGGCCCCCCAAUGAUGAAGCAGCCUCCCAAGCAGGGUUCAGCUCCCCCAUCCCCACAGAGGAAGGAACCGCCACCUGGAUCGCCUACCAAGGAUGAGCCAGGAAAAAAGCCUCCAAUGCUGAGCAAACAGCAGAGCAUUGGGGACAUAGGGAAAGGAGCCACUCCUCCAACGACUCCCAAGCAGAAAUCUCCUGGUCCAGGACCACAGCAACAACAGCAGGGGCCUCCUAAAGGUCCUCAAGGAGCUCAACCUGCAGCAGGGUUGAAACGUGGACAGCAGCCACCUCCACUCCAAAAACCAGUACAAAGCAGCCCAAAGGGAAGUCCCCAACCAUCUCCUGCAAAAACCACACCAAAACAGGACGGGGGUGGAUUUUUUGGAGGGUUUGGUCUUGGAGGGUUAACAGAUGCUAAAGCACCUGCAUCGGAGUCAGUCACAGGGAAAUUAUUUGGUGGUUUUGGCAGCUCAUCCAAAGCGCAAGGUGGUACUCCAGCACAGCCUAGUGAAUCGGUUACAGGGAAGCUCUUCAGCGGGUUUGGCGGACUGACUGAGACGGCCAAGUCGCCAGCAGCCGCUUCUCAGGCAUCUGAAGGUGUAGGAAAGAUGUUUGGUGGCUUUGGAUCCUCUAUACUCAGCUCGGCCUCCAAUCUAAUCAGUGGGGAGGAGCCGAAGGAGUCACCCCCAGGAUCGCCACCCGACUCCCCCAUCGAUUCUGGUGCAGAGUCUCCUCCAGGAUCUCCUCCAGACUCGGGCUCGGAGUCUCCACCUGAUACCCCACCUGCCUAUUCCACAGAGUCAGCCUCUACCAAACCCCCUCCAGCUAAAGGAAAAGCCUCAGUAGAUAAACCCACAGCAGAGCCUGUAAAAGCAGAGAAAACUCCUGCUCCAGCUCCAGGUUCAGAAGCCCAUUCCUCUUGUCCACUCUGUAAAGUUGCACUGAACGUUGGAUCAGGAGAUGCGCCCAAUUACAGCACCUGUACGGAGUGCCAGAAAAGAGUGUGCAACCUGUGUGGCUUCAACCCCAUGCCACAUCUAUCAGAGAAAGAAUGGUUAUGCCUGAACUGCCAGACCCAAAGGGCUCUCUCCGGACAGCUUGGGGACAUGCCACCUCCACCUUCUCCUUCCAAGCUUCCUGCUAAAGCUCAGCCUACCCCUCCCUCCUCCCCAGCCCGGGCGGUCUCCUCCACCCCUCCAUCCCCUGCUCCCACUGCCACUCCUGCCCUUGCCAAAGGGCUCACAAGGACCCCUAGUUUGACUCAGGCUCCAGCUGACAAGCCCGAGCUUGACUCAGCUACAGUCGAUGCGAAACCUCCAGUAUUGUCAGCUGCAGCGAAACGCGAUGAGGCGCAGGCAGUACUGGAGAGUGCACAGGUAUUACCCGAGGCAAGUGAAGAGGGUACACUUCACAUUGCACCUGAAAGCACAGAGGGCAUAUCUGCUCCACCUGAGCAAACAGACACAGCCACAUCUCCAUCCGAUUGCAGUGUCCCAGAGGGUACAGCAGAUGUUAAAGAGGGGGAUGUUGAUCAGGCUGGAAUGUUAGAGCAAACUGAGCCUCUUGCUGAGGACCAGAAGGUAGAACAAAAUGAGCAAGAGCAGUCUAGUCCAGCUUCAGAAGCUGAGGUAGCCUCUGAUUGUGCUGACAUUGCUAAAAUUGAAUCACAAAACACAGAAAGUACCAAAAACACAGAUGUGGCAUCUGCUGUUGAGACUCAGGUUACUCCAGAUAGUCUAUUCCAAGUACCAGAAGCACAUGAAGACAUGAAGCCAGCCUCAGAUCCAAAAACAGACCAGCUAAUAUCUGAUCAAGGGUCUGAGGAGGUUUCACCACCUGAACCAGUUCCACCAGAGGAAUUGUCUGCUGCUGAGCCAGCAUCAGUAGAUAUUACUCAGACUAGUGUAGAAAAUAAAUCAGAUGAUAGAAAUAUCCCUGCAGCAGAUGAGGUAGGAGACAAAGGUUCCGUUGCUGAAGAUGGUGCUGUUAUUAAUAACAUCACUCUGGAAAUGUCUACUGAACCAGAAAUUACUGCACAUCCUGAAAAUGUAGUUGGUAUUAUUGAAGAUGAGGUUAAAAAUGAGGCUAUGCCUCAAGAAGCAAGUGAGUUAAAGGCCGAAACAGAAAACCCAUCAGCUCAAGAGCAGCUUGAAAAGCUAGAAAGCGAGAAAAUCGCACCUGUAGAAGAUAUAGGUGAUACUGAAAAAGAGAUAAUACAGCAAAAUCAAAAUCAGUCAGUAGAAGAUCGUGAGCAUAGUGAGAACAAUGAACAGCAUGUUAACAAAAAAGAAAGCGAGGAUAAGUCAGAACAUGAAAAUGAACAAGAAAAUGAUCAAAGAAAUAGUGAAAACACAGAAAAUCACAAUCAAUCUAGCCCAGCUACUCUAAUAGAAAAAGAAGAGAUAAUUGAAACAAAGACAGAUAAAUCUCCUACAGGUAUUGAAACAGAAAACAAAGAGGAGACUACAGAAAAACCUGAAUUAAACUCCCCAAAUCAAACCAGCAUGUCUGCUCCUGAACUACCCAUUCAAGAACUAGAAGUUACGCUCGACAUUAAAGAUAUAAAAGAGACAACAGCAUCCAAAACAGACUUAGAAUCUCAGGCCCCUCAAGAGACUGCUGCUCCUAAAAUAGAGGAAGCACUGCCAGAGAGUGUUCAGCCGGUGGAGGAAGUCUUAAAAGAGACUGUCCCCAAAACUGAGGAUUUAGGUGCCGAGCAAAUCCAUGAGAAUGUAGCGAAAACUGACAAAAUGGACAAGGAUACUGAAGUAGAACAAAAUCAAAAGAUUUUAGAAAAUUCUCAGGACUUUGUGUCUACAAACCUUACAGACGAUAAUAACGAAGGUAACCCUGAAACACAGACUGAGCUUUCAAGUUCCCCUUCUCAGGUAAAAUCAGAGCAGUUGUCAUCAUCCUCUUCUGUUAGUGAAGCUAAAUAUAUGAGCAAAGUCUCAGAGGAACAAGCAGUGGAAUCAGACACUGAUGCUAUGAAGACUCAAAACAAGAGUGUAGUUGAGCAGGAUGACUCACCAUCUGCAGUAAGUGCUCAGAAAGUUCUAGAGAAGGAUGAAAACAGCGAAGUAAAACAAACUCCAGACACAAUCUCAAAUAAAGCUUCAGAACUGUUGACCACACCAGCUGUUCAACCAGAUAUUAAAGAAGAAUCUCCACUCACUCUGUCUGAUGGAAAAGAGAAUAUACUAGUAGAAGGAGAGGUCCAGUCAAAAGAAGAGCCUGUAGUUCAAACUGAAUUAACGAGUUCCUCUGCAGCAUUGACACAUAAUGAAAAUGAAAAGGAGGUAAUUCUCGAGGCAGAAACUACUACUAUCAGCAACACUGAUACCCAAUCUAAUGUUGAAAGUGUGUCCCUUACCUUAGAUCCUUCAGUAGAACCAGCUCCUCCACUCCUUGUAGCUAGCGAACUAGAUAGAAACAAUUCUUCUUCGGAAGGUCAAUCUCAAGAUACUUCAGAGAAUAAAGAAGAAGAUCCGAAGCCACUGAUAAAGUCUAAAGAGUUGGAAGAGAAGAAAGACGUUGCCGUGCCUGACAAAGACAAAGCACUAUUAAAGGAACCAAGUGACAAAGAUGACAAAGGAGUCAGUCAAGAAUGCAGUCCCACCAGCCCUUCAGAUUUGGCCAGAUUGGAAAGCACGGUACUUCCAAUACUAGAGGCUCAAACGACACCUUCUAAAGAUGAAGAAUCACAAAGUGGGACCUUAAAGACCAGGCGCAGACUUGAGGUGCUGCCAAUGUCACCUGAUCUCAGUAUAGAGGAAGAAUACACACAUGAAGAAGCUCAAGAUAAAACAGAUAAUGCUGCAGUCCCCCAAAAAGAAAAGAAAAAGCUCCUUGUCCCAGCAGAUAUUCAAGCAGAACUUGAGGACAGUAGCGAAUGCGACUCUUCACCACUUACUGAGGAAAAAAAGAAACUUGGUGGAGAAAGCCAAGGUUCCGCAGAUGAAGAAGACUUCAUUCGAAAGCAGAUCAUGGAAAUGAGUGCUGACGAGGAUGCAUCACCAUCUGAUGAGGAAAACCUUAUUAGGAAAAAAAUCAGGGAUCAUGAAAAGAAGCAACUGGAGAAAGACGAAAAGAAGGACAGCAAGGAGAAGAGUGAAUCAGGUAAGGCAAGACGUCUUCUCAAAAAGAGCAGUAUCAGUCCUGAGGAUGAGCCAGACCGCAAAAGUAUCAUUUCUGUUGCUAAAAUUGAGGAACUACAAAAAGGAGAGCAGCCUUUUGAAGAUAAUGGGGCUGGCAUCCGUCAUUUCAAAACUAUCGAACUCAAUAGUGUAGCAACUGCUCGCCAGGCUUCAGAUGAUAACGAACCAGAGAGCCUUACAGAUUCUCCUGAUGAUAGGUCCAGAGGUGAAGGUUCUUCAAGCUUGCAUGCUUCCAGCUUUACUCCUGGAACAUCUCCAACUUCCCUGUCUUCACUUGAUGAAGACAGUGAUAGCAGCAGCCCAAGCCAUGUUCGAUCCAGUGGUGAGGGCAAACAGCACAGAAAAGCCAAACACCGGCAGCCUGGCCAAAUGCUUCCCACUAUUGAAGAUUCAUCUGAAGAAGAAGAGUUGCGUGAGGAAGAAGAGCUUCUAAAAGAACAAGAAAAGCAGAAGGGCUCUGGGAAAAAAUCAAAGAAAGACAAAGAGGAAAUACGUGCACAGAGGAGGAGGGAGCGACCAAAAACUCCACCAAGCAACCUCUCGCCAAUCGAAGACGCGUCUCCAACAGAGGAACUGCGGCAAGAAGCGGAGAUGGAGGAAAUCCGAAGAUCCUCUUGCUCAGAUUUCUCCCCAAGCAUGGACUCAGAACCAGAAGGUUUUGAAAUUCUCCCAGAAAAAAUUGCUGCUGUCCAAAAAGUCUAUCAGCUACCAACUUCAGUCUCUUUGUAUUCUCCAACAGAUGAUCAACAUGCUGAAAAUCUGUCCAAAGAAAACAAGGACAAACGAGCAUUGAAAACUGCAGAUGAAGCCUAUGAAGAAAUAAUGCUUAGAGCAAAGUCCCCAACUACAGAAAAAGUAGAUUUCCCACCUGGGAAAGAGUCUCUUUAUGGUGGUAUGCUUAUCGAAGAUUACGCGUAUGAGUCCCUGGUUGAAGAGACAAAAGUGGAGCAGGAACGAGAUAAAAUUUCUGUUCCAGAAAAAUCGGGCUUCCAGAAAAAGCUGAGAUCUCCUGAUGAAGUGUAUGAGGACAUGAUGCAGGUAAAGAAAGAGAUACUGCAAAAAGAGCAGCCCCUAAAAGAAGAUCAUACCAUGAAAGAAGUUCCCAAGCCAGCUCGUCCCCCAUGUGAACCGAAAAGAGAUAUCAUCUCCACAAGCAUCUCUGGCCAGUCAGGCAAAGAUGGGAAACCUUUAUUAGAUGCAGAGGAUGCUUAUGAAGAACUUAUGAAAAAAGUUUUAACACCAGGCACCAGUCCAACCCAGUCUGGUCCUGAUUUGAAUGAUACGUCACAGCACAUGGAAGUAAUCUCUUCUGAAAAAACAGAGGCUGUUCCUCCCAGAAGAAUACUUCCAAUUCCUGAUCUGAGGGUGACACAGUGCUCCUCUGGUGAAGAGGAAUCUGGAGAAGAGGGCCCUGUAGAGCCAAAACAUGAUAUCGAAAAAGUUCCAGUUUCUGCUCCAACUACAGUACCUGCUACUGUGGAUGAGCCAAUGUCGUUUGAGAUUGAGGUGCCUCAGAAGCCACCAGCUGCUCCUCUAGCUUCAGAGCCUGUAACAGAUUCGGCUUCAUCACAAGAAGUAGCACCAUCACAAUCACUGCCACAGCAGGCUGCCAUGGCUAAAGCAGAUGAGAUCUUCCAGUCUGAUGUUGUUGACUUGUCAAAGUCUUCAGCCUCCACUCAAAUAGAUCCCAUUAAUAAUGUAGUUUCUAGACCUUCUAUCUCAGUUACAGCACCUUUACCUACUGUACCACAGUAUACCCCAACAGUCCCUAGUGUAAUAUCAACUGCUCCACCCGUCCCUCCCAAACCAGUAGUUCUACGUAGAACUUUAUCUCAGGAAAAAUCUGACAUUCCUGUUCCCCCUCCCUUACCGCCCCCUACUCUACCCAAGCCUGCUGUUUAUCCCAAAAAGAUUCCACCUCAGGUUCCCCAAAGAACAGUUCCUGUUGGUAUGCCAACUGCAGCGCCCAGACAGCAACCUAUGACUCCCACAUAUAAGCCCCAUGUUCCACCUCCCGUGCCUCCAAAGCCAUCUUCUAUCCCUGCAGGCCUGACAUUCAGUCACAGGCCAGGAGAGACUGUGAAGCCACCCAUAGCUCCAAAGCCCAUGUCAAAUGCCCAGCCAAUUUCUUGCGUUUAUGCUCCAUCUAGACCAAGUGCACUCCCCACAAGCACUGUAGAAAGUGCUCUGAAUCUGAGUCCUUCGGCUGAAAGUAGGACAGGGGCCACUUCACCAGUCAAAUCCCCAUCAUCCCCUAGGUUUGGCAAGACCUUGCAUGACACUUAUGUAGUUAUCACUCUGCCCUCUCAACCUGGUUCACCCGUAGAAGGUGUGACAACCCAAGCUCCAACAAGUUACGAGCCCACAUCACCUAUCAAACAAGCCUAUUCACAGCCACAACCUCAGGCACAGGUGCAACCACCACCACCACCACCACAACCACAGCCACAGCCAACACAGCAAACACAAACAACGAGAGUUCCAUUAGCAUUCACACGAAUUACCGAAUCCAUAGAAAAACAAGAAAUAUGUGGUCCAGAGAAAGUAUAUUCCAGCAUGAGUCAUGUUUAUGAAGCUAUAUCAGCUUCCCAGCCUUCAGCAGUCAUUCCAAGUGUUGGUGUUCAGCUUGUUACUACUGAAGUUCAAAGGACAACAGUGUCUGUUGUGCAUGAAAGAACACCACCUCCACCCGCUACUCCUAGAGCCACUGGGAUACAAGUAACUGCUGAAAAUUUGAAACCUCAGGUAGUACAGUCACAGAAUGGACAUGCCUAUCAUCCUGGAGAGGUUGUCGAUCUGCGCACCCCAAAGCUUGAUGCAGAAACAGGAAUAAAAGGUAUAGAUCUGUCAUCGUCAGAGUCAAGGCGGCAGUCCAUUCUUAUAGAUGGCAAUGGACGGCAGCAGAGUGCGGUUCAGUCAUCAGUAAUAAACCUGAGCACUGACACGUCUUCAGUGUCUGUUGUAACUGACAGCAUCACCAUCCUCACUUGUACAGCCACUGUCGCCUGCAGCAGUGGGGAUCUUUCUCAGGCCACCUCCAUGCCUCUCCAGCUCACAACAGCUAAAUCGUUUGAACCCGUUUCACAAAUUGUUUAUCGUCCUGUUGAUUCUCAACCAGAAAAACCAAUCAAUCUCUCCACAACUGUAGGUAAAACUCAUUGUAUUCCUGUGACAAUAGCUCCAACACUUGCAAAUAAUGGCAUUAGUACAAGUGUUCCCCCUCGACUGGAAACCUGUAUAUCAGGUGCAGUUGACCUCACGACCAUGAAGCCUGUUCAAACCAUGGUUUCUGUAGAUGGCUCCUCUUCAGACGUGGUCACAGCAGUAAUUACAGAGGAUGACGGCAAACCAGUUGACCUAACAGCAGGAAGGCGGACAGUCUGCUGUGAUGUUGUCUACAAGCUUCCAUUCACAGGUAGUUGUGCAAAUCAACCACCCCCAACUCCCCUGCCUGAAGAUCGCUUUGGCUACAGGGAUGACCACUACCAAUAUGAUCGAUCCCCAUAUGGUAUGAGAGGACUUGGUGGAAUCAAACCCUCAAUGUCAGACACAAAUUUGGCCGAGGCCGGUCUCUUUUUGUACAAGAGUAAGAAUAGUUAUAAUUACAAUGGGACAGUGGAAGGUGCUGUUGACCUAACAUCUGGAAAGAUGUCUGUGGCAGGUGAAGCUGUGGACUACUCAAGCAAAUCCACAGGAGCAUUUACUGGAAUUACAAUCCCACAGUACUCCCAGGCAAGAAUAACAUCUUCUGUUGGAAUUCCCUUUGGAGUUCCCAGUGUCCUGAGGUCUUCGAAUGGUGUUGUUUACUCUUCUGUAGCAGCUCCCGUUCCUUCGACAUAUGCCAUAACUACUCAACCUGGAUCAAUAUUCAGUACAACAUACAACACUCUGUCAGGCAUGCAUACGAGCGACACAAUGCCAUCACUAUCAAAUCUGCAGAGCCAGCCUCUCACUAGAUCACACAGCUUCCUCUCCACCAUUACUGUGACUACAGCUCAGGAGCAGGACGACAUGCCCCUGAAUCUGGAGACAGGUGUCUCCAAGGACAUUUUUUCCACUGGCCUCUCAGAGGUAGCUCCUACUAUAACCACAGCAGCACCACUGGACUACACAGAUGCCUCACUGGAGGCAAUUGCAGCUUCAUUAGAGGCCUUGUCAUCCCCCAUGGUUCCAGGUGAUGAGCAGUAUCAGAUGGAGCGUGAAAUUCUAGAGCUAGAGAAGAUCAAACAACAGCGUCUUGCAGAGGAACUAGAAUGGGAGAGGCAAGAGAUUCAGCGUUUCCGGGAGCAGGAGCAACUCCUGGUGCAGAAAGAACUAGAGGAGCUACAGGCCAUGAAGCAGCAGAUUCUUUGCCAGCAGGAAGAAGAGAGGCAAGCUCACCUCAUGAUGCAAAAAGAGACAUAUGCUCAACAACAGGAGCAGUUGGAGCAGAUUCAGAGGCUCCAAGAGCAGCUUAGACGGCAGCUGGAGGAGCAGAAAUACAGGCAGAUGUAUCCAGGUGAGAUCCAUGAGCAGCCGCACGCUCUCGUCGUGGGGACUGACAAAAAGAUGGACAGCGGCUGUCAGACCGAUGAAGAGGACAACGCAGAGAAGGCUUACACUGCAGGAAGGAAAAAGAAGAGUGCCAAGAAGAGUGUAGACAGCAGUGUUCAGACAGAUGAUGAGGAUCAGGACGAGUGGGAGGUUCCUGCUCGAGGGAGACGUAGCAGGCCACGAGGUGGUAAAUUCAGCACAGGUGAGAGAGGUGGAGUUUCAGUGCAGGCCCUCACAGAAAUCUCAGUGCAGACAGAUUCCGGCGGAACGCUUAGAGGUCACACAGUGCAGACAGACACCAGGGUUGAUUAUCCUGAUUCUGACACCUCCUCCCCUAAGAGACGUCCUACCCCAUUAGAGAUUAGCCAGUCUCCGCAUCUUAAAGCGGAAACCUCCACUCUUCAGGUUUCCUCAGCCCCUCCCAAAUCUCCAAAAGUCCUCUAUUCCCCAAUAUCUCCUUGUAUGUCUCCUAGCAAAUCCCUUGAGUUUGUGUCCUAUGAGAAAUCUCUAGGAGACACCAGCCCACAGAAAAUGCUUGCUGCAGACCCAUCCAAAGUUCCUCCUGGUAGUCCCAGGGCACCCAAAGUCAUGCAGAGAUCAAUGUCUGAUCCCAAACCCAUGAGCCCAACUGCAGAGGAAAGAGCUGCAGCCAAUUUCCAGUAUUCUGAGAGUUACACCGGUAAAGGAUCUCCAGGUGGCACCCCCUCUGGCACUCAGAAAAAAGUAAAGAGAACCCUUCCUAACCCACCUUCAGAAGAGGAGGCUGCCAAUGCAGGCCAAGCUGCCUACAGCACUGCCUCCGCCCGACGUCGCCUCUGCCGAAGCUCCAACAUGGCAAGGGCAAAAAUCCUGCAGGAUAUUGAUCGUGAACUGGACUUGGUAGAACGCGAGUCCUCUAAACUUCGCAAGAAGCAGGCUGAACUAGAUGAGGAAGAGAAAGAGAUAGAUGCCAAAUUGCGAUACCUAGAGAUGGGCAUCAACAGGAGGAAAGAUGCCUUACUCAAAGAAAGAGAGAAGAGGGAAAGGGCAUAUCUGCAGAGCGUUGCAGAAGACCGUGACUACAUGUCCGACAGUGAAGUGAGCAACAUUCGUGAGACAAGAAGGGGUGGAGGUGUGGAGGAGGUAGGUGGACAUGGACUUGAGAGACCCCGCACUGCACCACAGUCUGAACUGGAUGACUUUGUUCCUCCACAGACCAAGCAUGAGUAUGGCAAGUAUUCCCAGUACUCCCAGUACCCACAGUAUCAGCAAUCCCUGUACCAGUCUCAACAGCCCUACCAGUCCCAGUCCAUCUACUCGUCUGUGCCCUCUCUAACCGCGUCUCAGCAGCAGAGCUACCACCAGAUGCUGCUUCUGCAGCAAAAGGCCAGACAACAGGCUGCACUUCUGUCUGAGCUUGAUGCCACCAAAGUGUCCACCAACUAUGAUACCUCAUCCUAUCUCAGUGGCAAAUAUGGCAAUCAUCUUGAUCUGCGUGCCCUAGAAGAACGUAGCGGCAGCAUGGCUGGAAGUCCAAUGUCAAACGUCUCAGCAGACUCUUUCUACGGUGACCUGGAGCAACAUCACCAAACACCCAGAAGUUAUUUGCUCUUAGAAGAUGCUGCAGAACUUUCUAAGAGCACAUCUGGCCUGUCGUCCACAAGUUAUGGAAUUGCUGAGAGGGAGCUGGCCAAAGCAGAACGUCUUCUCAGACGCACAGCAGCAGAUGUGGGCACAGAUUACCUUGGCAGCUCCUCGAGGCUUCAUACUUAUGGAAAAACCCAAGAAGAUGAGGACGCGAUGGAAGAACCGUACGAGCUGAAGCUUCUAAAGCAGCAGCUGAAGCAGGAGUUCAGGAGGAGUACAGGAGGCACUGAGAGUUUAGAGCAGCUGGCUGGCCUUUCACAUCAUUAUACCCCUAGCACUAGUGUAACUGGAGCAGGCUAUAGAGCCUUCCCAAAGACAGAGAAAUACAGCAUAAGCAGAUUAACCCUGGAAAAGCAGGCGGCCAAGCAGCUUCCGACAUCUGCACUCUACCAGAAACACAAAACUGCCGGCAACAUCGGGAAAUACUCCUCCAUCCAGGACAGUAGGAGCUUAGAAACAGACUACAGCAGUUACCUGGGGUCUAGCGGUCCUUCACCAAGGUCAAGCAGAUUACUGCAAGAUGAGAUCACCUUUGGCCUUCGAAAGAACAUUGCAGAGCAGCAAAAAUACCUAGGAUCAACACUAGGGGCCAAUCUAGCUGGUUCGCUCAAUUUAGGUCAGAGUCUGAACCUGAGUCCAAGUGUGAGGUCAUCCUUGGGAGAAGACUCCUCGUAUCCUAGCGGGAGCCGAUCCCGGCCUUCCUCCAGACCUUCUUCAGUGUAUGGCCUGGACUUGUCCUUAAAAAGGGAUACCUCCAGUUCUUCCUUGAGGCUAAAAGCAGAGGUCGACCCUUCUUCAGAAACGUCAUCCUAUCAGACACCAUCAGGUAGAACAAAGCCAACCAGUCUGCCUAUUGGCCAGAGUGGACGUGGGCGAAUCCCAAUUGUGGCACAAAACUCUGAGGAGGAGAGCCCGCUGAGUCCAGUGGGUCAGCCGAUGGGUAUGGCACGGGCGUCUGCAGGUCCGCUCCCGCCUAUAUCCGCAGACUCCCGCGACCAGUUUGGGUCUUGCAUCUCCCUCCAGGACCCCCAGCAACAGCAUCUCAGGGAGGACGCUGCCAGAGGGCGUGGCUACGUGCUCAUGGACGACCUGCAGGGCACAAUGUCUGAUAGUGAAGCACUAAGCGAAUCCCUGGUGGGUUUGAACAGAGACGAUCCAGGAAACACACAUGAGAAUGUCACGGACGCCUACCACCUGCGCCACGAAGAGACUGACUGGUUUGACAAGCCACGAGAGGAUGGACAGGGUCUAGAUAGGAGACAGAUGCAGAUGAAGUCUCAGCAUUACCCAUUUCCUCACGCAAGAGUGAAACUGCAGAGGGAUCCUAAAGACCGCAGUGUAUCAGGAAAUGGACUGGGCAUUCGCGUGGUGGGAGGAAAGGAGGUUCCGGGCAGCAAUGGAGAAAUUGGAGCAUACGUGGCUAAAGUGUUACCCGGGGGAGCGGCGGAACAGACCGGAAAGAUCGUCGAAGGAAUGCAGGUCCUGGAAUGGAAUGGCAUCCCCCUGUCUAGUAAGACCUACGAAGAGGUUCAGGGAUUGGUCGGUCAGCAGUGUGGAGAGGCGGAGCUAUGCGUCAGAUUGGAUUUAAACAUGCUGUCAGACUCAGAGGGAUCCCACUUGGACCUCCAUGAACAAACCAAAGCAGAACGACCCCCGCGUUCGCCAGGUGUGGACCCGAAGCAGCUGGCUGCAGAGCUGCAGAAGGUUUCUCAGCAGCAGGCUCCCACUUCCUCUGCCUCCUCUCUCACAGCGCUGGACAAAGCCUCGGCCUCGGGCGCCUCCAGUGCAGUGCCCAGUCCCGGGCAGCCUGGCUCACCUUCAGUCAGCAAGAAACGCCACAGCAAGACUUCAGAAGCUGCGAAGACUCAGUCCCACCCAAUCACUGGAGAGAUCCAGCUCCAAAUCAAUUAUGACAAACAGCUGGGGAACCUUAUUGUUCAUGUUCUCCAAGCACGGAACCUCUCACCCCGGGACAAUAACGGUUACUCUGAUCCCUUCGUUAAAGUCUACUUGCUGCCUGGAAGAAGUCAGGUCAUGGUUGUGCAGAAUGCCAGUGCUGAGAACAAGAGAAGGUCUAAACAUGCCCAGAAGAGUCUGAACCCAGAGUGGAAUCAAACAGUCAUCUACAAGAAUAUCCACCUGGAACAGCUGAGGAAGAAGACUCUGGAGGUCAGUGUAUGGGACUAUGACAAGUGCUCCUCUAAUGACUUCCUGGGAGAGGUGCUGAUUGACCUGUCGAACACGGCGCAGCUGGAUAAUGUGCCGCGCUGGCUGCCGCUGAAAGAGCAGAGCGAGGGAGAGCACCACCGCCGCUCGCACUCCAGCCAGGGCCGCCAGCACUCGCCCAAACCCCCCGCAGGACACUCGCCCAAAACCUCCGGCCACGGCACCCAGGACUCGCCCAAAUCCUCCGUCAUCAAGAGCCGCAGCCACGGCAUCUUCCCCGACCCUGCGAAGGACACGCAGGUUCCCACUAUUGAGAAAUCUCACAGUAGCCCCAGCACAUCGAAGCCGUCUCCCUCCGAGGGUCAAGCUCGUUCACACGGGACCCCCCGCGGUCACAGCAAAAGUGGCGCGGCCCGGGCACACCCUGACGACACCACUGCAACGGCCGAAGCUUCUGGCCAGCACCGCCUCCAACCAACCCAAAAUGGCCGCCUCUCCCUGAGGCACCACAGACACAGCGUAGUGGGCGUGCUCACCAUACAGAAAGCGGCGGCCAAUGAGAUCACUGAUGGCCGUCACCUGACCCUCCGCAAAGCCAUGUCGGAAGAGAGGCCGCAGCUGGACGGAGCAUCCCGCAGCCAUAGAUCUGCUGAUGCCCCUGUUACUGCAGCCUCACUGGACAGCGGCCUGAGCGGAAGCGCCUUCAGCCUGUUGGAAGAAGAGGGCGAGACCAACGUAGUGGACAGCGCCAUCUUCCAGGUUCCCAGAUUCGGAAAGAUCCCAAAUGGCACAGAUGUUGUAAAGUCAUUACAUGGAGACACAGAGGGUAAAACCCAGGUGAUGGGGGAGAUAAAAAUUGCUCUGAAAAAGGAGAUGAAAACUGAAGGAGAGCAACUAGUGCUGGAGAUACUUCAGUGCAGAAACAUCACCUAUAAAUUCAAGUCUCCGGACCACCUGCCAGAUCUGUACGUGAAGCUUUACGUCGUGAACAUCGCCACUCAGAAGCGGAUCAUCAAGAAGAAAACCAGGGUGUGUCGUCACGACCGUGAACCGUCCUUCAACGAAACUUUCCGCUUCUGCAUGAACCCCACUGGACAUUCCAUUCAGCUCUUCUUGGUUUCAAACGGAGGCAAGUUUGUAAAGAAGACUCUGAUCGGCGAGGCCUACGUGUGGCUGGACAAGUUGGACUUGCGUAAGCGGGUGGUCGGCUGGCACAAACUGCUGGCUACCACAGCCCAGAUCCACUCCUAGAGGAAGCAGCCGGGCACUGUAGUUCCACAAUUCCCAACAGACUCUGACUCCGGUUCUUGUAGGACUGGGAGGCCAAGCUGGAGUGAAGAAGGCGAAGCAAAGGGAGUCUAAAUCAUGUGUUUGUCUCGCUGAGAAUUUGUAGUGAUGUACGCUGGGGGUAGGGGGGGGGGAAAAGGUGGUCGUAAAUAGAAGUGGCACAAACAAGGAGAAAGGGUCAUGUGACUCUGGGCAUUUGCCAGAUAUCUGUACACACGCGUCUGUACGCACAUGUACACUCACACACCAUUACACUCACCUACAAGACACACUCACCCAUGUGUGUACUACACAUAUUUGUACCUACAUAUGUUAUCCCACUGGGCCACCAAGGACUAGAGAUCAGGAGGGAAAACUGUAUAUUCCGUUGCCGUUUAUCGUUACAUUGCAUAUUUUUAACUUCUGACUGCCAAGUCCAGAUCCUGGAACUCCUCAUAAAUAUAUAUAUAAUACAUAUAGAUAUAUAUAAUAAACUAACUUAUGUGUCAGUACACUGUAUCAUGCUUAGAAGAAGGGUAUAUUUAUGAUUGUUUGCAGAAAGUAAAUGAAGACAUAUCUCAUAUAUUAUAUUAUUUUUGUAUGAUAGAUUUAGAUGCAUUAUUAGAGACAUUUAUCACUUCACAUUUCUCCUUGCUUUCUCUCUCUCUCUCUCAGAUGUUUUAAUGUGUUGGAAAAAGAGAUGAUAUCAUAUCUGUGGAUUUAAAGUAUAUUUUGAGAUAUUUUAUAGCUAUAGAGUAAAUGAAAUGAGAUGAAAUAUGAUUUAUUGGAUGUUGUGGGUGGAAAUGCUUUUGGCUGGUUUAUGUACUCAUAUUUCCUUGUGCAGGAAUUUCACUGACCUCCUUCAAUGUGACAUUCAGUCUGAAUUUGCUUGAGAUUGAUCCCAUUUUAGAAACUAAUUAUUCUUCAGAGAUGGCACUGGCUUAUUGACCGAAUCUGAAUUACUCAUCAGAGAAAUUUCCUAAGUCCUUCUUAAUGAGAAGGAAUCAAAUUUGUUCUGAUUGGUUAAUUACUUUAUUUUUGAAUAGACCGAUGUGGCAGUGGGGUGUUGCAAAUGUUUGGGUUAAACUAAUUCUAAUUCCAGCGUUGUUCAUGUAGAUGGUUUUGCACUUUGUCUCCAGCAUGUUUUGAAUGUACUGGUUGGUAGAAUCUAGUCAAUUACUUUUAAUUAUAUAUAUUUUUUAUUUUUAUUAUCAUUUUGUUUCUUUACACAAGCACUCUGUCCCAUAUCAUGCCUUUUUGUAAGCUCACUUACCUAAAUAAUCUCUUUAAUACGAUUCCCUGGGUAAAUAUGUCUAUUUGACCCCAAAUUCUCAUUGGUUGUUGGACCUAAGAGCAGAAAAACUCUUAAAACAGUCUCAGCUAGACUUAAAGUAAAGUACACUUAAAAAAAUGAUAUAGUCUUUUUUUUGCUUUUUAUCUUGCAGAUCAUUAAGCCUGGCUGCAAUAAUCAAGUUUACCAGAUGUUAAUCAUUAAUAUCCUUAAAGAUAAUCAUUCCUUAUUUUAAGUCAAUUUAUUAUUAUUAUUAUUUUUAUAUAUACAUAUGUACAUUUGUUUCGACACGCUGUUGUUAUGUACAAAUUCCCAAGCUGUGCUCUUAAAUGAUGUGCCAUUAUUGUGCUAUGUUGAUAUUUUGUAUUUUGUAUUUUUUUAUGUUUUUCAGUUUUCACAGUUUUUACAGUUUUCAGUUAACACAGAUGCCAUAUCCAUUGUCCCAAAGCAGGAAAGAAAAGGACAGGACAGGACAGGACAGGACGUAGCCAUUAGCACGACUCAUAAUGCCAGACUCAUCACGUGUUCUACACAUCUCAUUAGGUUUGUGCAGGGUUACACACAGGAAGGCCUGGUUAUUGAGGAACUUCUAACCUGUGCCAAAACUUGACCAACUUGACCAAAUCCACAGGUUUUACAUAAGCAAUUCUAUGCAACCUAAACACAUCUGGUGUAUCUACUACUUAGUUGUCUGAUGAAGUAUUACGAAUGAGAGCUCUUUUUUACAUUUUUGUAUGCUUUUUCAUGUUUUUUUUUUUUUUGUUUGAUUGUUUGUUUAUUUUUUGGGUUAAUGCUUGAUCACAGACAAUUUUACUGCUAUUUCUGGGAUUCUCUUUAUGUUACGAUAUGCAACGUUACAAAUAUGAAGAUUACACAUCAAACCUUUACAUUCCAUCCAAGAGCUAGUUCGCCAGGCAGAUCUGAUAAUGUACAUAAAUUAACAUAAAUACUGACAUCCUUUUGUUGUGUGGUGCACAAUGUACAUUGUGUGUUUACAAAUUUUUAACCAACAGGGUCUCCAAGGUGUAAUAGUGAGCCCCUUUACUCAUCGAAUUCUAUCAAAUUCUCACAUCAAACACAAUCAGCUCUCUGACACUUUGUUUACACCCUAUAACAUGUAAGAACUUUUUUUAUGACUAUUAUUAUUUAUUUAACGAAAAUGUGAAAAGUCCCAAAAAAAAAAACAAGACGUUGCCAUGUUCCAACUGCUCCUUUGAACAAAAGUUCAUGCAUACAUUUCCCCAUACAAAUACUAAUAAUCAUAUUUAAUCACACUCCUCCUUUGACUAUUCAGUGCAUGAUGACACACAUUAUCCCCACCUCACCAGUUACAUAUGAAAAUAAGAGUAUUUCUUAUCUUGUAAAUAAAGCAAGCUUUCUUUUCUACAGAUAGGAUCUUCUAUUAAUUUUCCAGUUCAACACAGCGCAUGUGUAAGGGCACAGGGCAAGGGGGGACUGUGACUCUUUUGGUCCGUGUGUAUUCUGCUCAGCACAUGCACUACUGGAAGAAUAAUCGCCGUGCUUGCCUAAAACGACUAAACUGGACUCAACCUGCACAACAGACACAUGAUUUACCAGUGUAUAGAAAUGAGCUAAAGCUGACCCUGUCGACUCAAGUAGUAUCAGGAGACCUGUGAUGUAUUCACUUUGGAUGUUGCAUGUUUUGUUGGUGGUUUGUUCAUAAUAUUUUUGUGUCCAGAUUCUAUUCUACAAUAAGAAUGACAACAAGACUAUGGGGGAAAAAAAAUCGCAUUAUUAUCUAAUGAUGUAUGCCGACUGUACAAAGAUGCUUGUAUAAUCUGUCUGGUUUUCCACUCAGUGUAAACUGAAAAACAUUCAAAAAAAAAUUCUAACGUCAUGGUUUUUGUGGUUGUACACAAACGGUAUUGAUAAAUUAUGCAAAUUGUGCUGUAAAAAAGGCUGUUGCCCUAAGUCUAAAUAUUAAAUAAUAUAUGUACAAUUCUCACA